AUGGGAGCAGUUAUUCUCCCAGAUCUCGGUACCGAGAUUUUGAUUCCUGUUUGCGCCGUUAUCGCAAUCGCUUUUGCGCUUUUCCAAUGGCUUCUUGUUUCUAAGGUUAAGCUCACUGCUGGAAGAGAGACUGUCCCUGAAACGCCCGGGAAGAAUGGGUACAACGAUUCGCUCAUCGAGGAAGAGGAGGGGAUUAACGACCAUAACGUUGUUCUCAAAUGUGCUGAAAUCCAGAACGCUAUCUCCGAAGGAUCCACAUCUUUUCUUUUCACUAUGUACAAGUAUGUGGGAGUCUUCAUGGUGGCUUUUGCCAUCUUGAUAUUCCUUUUCCUUGGUUCUGUGGAAGGAUUCAGCACAAGCCAUCAGCCUUGCACUUAUGAUAAAACUAAGAUGUGUAAGCCGGCUCUUGCCACAGCCCUUUUCAGCACCAUAUCUUUUGUGCUUGGUGGGAUCACGUCAGUUAUUUCUGGUUUCCUUGGAAUGAAAAUUGCCACCUAUGCCAAUGCAAGAACCACCUUGGAGGCAAGAAAGAGUGUUGGAAAAGCUUUCAUUACCGCAUUCAGAUCAGGUGCAGUUAUGGGAUUUCUCCUUGCUGCCAAUGGUCUUUUGGUUCUUUACAUUACCAUCAACCUGUUCAAGAUUUACUAUGGUGAUGACUGGGGUGGUCUUUUUGAGGCUAUCACUGGUUAUGGUCUUGGUGGUUCUUCUAUGGCUUUGUUUGGAAGAGUUGGUGGAGGUAUCUACACUAAGGCUGCUGAUGUUGGUGCUGAUCUUGUUGGCAAAGUUGAAAGAAACAUUCCUGAGGAUGAUCCAAGGAAUCCUGCUGUUAUUGCUGAUAAUGUUGGUGACAAUGUUGGGGAUAUUGCUGGUAUGGGAUCCGAUCUAUUUGGUUCAUAUGCAGAGGCAUCUUGUGCUGCCCUUGUUGUUGCUUCCAUCUCUUCUUUUGGGUUAGAUCAUCAGUUCACUGCCAUGUUGUUCCCUCUCAUCAUCAUACUGAUGACUAUUGGAAUUGCAAUUGUUAGUUGGAUAGCACUCCCAUCUACCUUCACCAUCUUCAAUUUUGGAGAGCAAAAAGUAGUCAAGAACUGGCAGCUAUUCUUGUGUGUUUCUGUUGGUCUUUGGGCAGGGCUUAUCAUUGGAUUUGUUACUGAAUACUAUACCAGUAAUGCAUACAGCCCUGUGCAAGAUGUUGCUGAUUCCUGCAGGACUGGUGCUGCUACCAAUGUUAUCUUUGGCCUUGCCUUGGGAUACAAGUCUGUUAUCAUUCCAAUUUUUGCCAUUGCAAUUAGUAUUUUUGUUAGUUUCAGUUUUGCUGCCAUGUACGGUGUUGCUGUAGCUGCACUUGGGAUGUUGAGUACUAUUGCAACGGGAUUAGCCAUUGAUGCAUACGGUCCAAUCAGUGACAAUGCCGGAGGUAUUGCUGAGAUGGCUGGAAUGAGUCACAGAAUCCGUGAGAGAACCGAUGCUCUUGAUGCUGCAGGAAACACAACUGCUGCCAUUGGAAAGGGUUUUGCUAUUGGUUCAGCCGCCCUUGUGUCUCUUGCCCUUUUUGGUGCCUUUGUGAGCCGUGCUGGUAUCACAACAGUUGAUGUCCUGACUCCCAAGGUUUUCAUUGGUCUGCUUGUCGGUGCUAUGCUCCCUUACUGGUUUUCUGCCAUGACCAUGAAGAGUGUUGGAAGUGCAGCGUUGAAGAUGGUUGAGGAAGUCCGCAGGCAAUUCAACACCAUUCCUGGAUUGAUGGAGGGAACUGCCAAACCUGACUACGCCACAUGUGUUACCAUCUCCACCGACGCUUCCAUCAAAGAAAUGAUCCCACCAGGUGCCCUUGUUAUGCUAACACCCCUUAUUGUUGGGAUCUUUUUUGGUGUUGAAACACUAUCUGGUGUCCUUGCUGGAUCUUUGGUUUCUGGUGUACAGAUUGCCAUCUCUGCAUCCAACACUGGCGGUGCUUGGGAUAAUGCCAAGAAAUACAUCGAGGCUGGUGCCUCAGAGCAUGCAAGAACUCUUGGUCCAAAAGGGUCAGACCCACACAAGGCAGCAGUUAUUGGUGACACCAUUGGAGACCCAUUGAAGGAUACAUCUGGACCUUCACUUAACAUCCUUAUCAAACUGAUGGCAGUUGAGUCACUGGUGUUUGCUCCUUUCUUUGCAACCCACGGUGGUCUCCUCUUCAAGUUUUGGUAA